UGAUACAGUCAAUGUUAUUCUAUUGUUGUGAAAGUCUGACGAGUACGACGAGUAAUUCAGUAGUGAACAAUAUCUCAUUUUAUCUUACUAUUUUCGUGAAGAAACAACAACUCAAAAUGGAUAAAGUUACAACAUUAUGUGUAUUUGCUUUCACUGUAUGCUGUCUCUUAGUGAUUGUCACAGGAACACCCACACCAACGCCAACCCCUGAACAAGAAUGUCAAAGCCUAAAUGCAACAUGUGAGGAGUGUGUGAAAGCCCCAAAAGCAAAAUGUUAUUACUGUCUGGCAACAAAGGAAUGUCGUCUCUACCCAGCCUCAUCCAUCCUACCAAACAAAGAGUGUGCUUUGAGCCAGGCAAGAUGGGGCACCUGUUUGAUCAACUUUGAGGCGUUGAUCAUCGCAAUGAGUGUGAUUGCUGGUUUGAUUCUGAUCGGUGUGCCUUGUGGGAUCUACUGCUGCUGCUGUCGAAGCUCAGGAAACAAAGCAAAAUGGGCCCGUGAAGAUGCCUCUCAAGAAAGGAAGAAGGAUGAAAGGAAGAUGAAGCAUGAGCAGAAGAAAAUGGAACGCAAGGUCAAGAAUGACGAAAUCAGGCGUAAAUACGGUUUGCUUAAGAAUGAGGAAGAGAGCGACUCUCUGUAUGCAGAGGAUGUUUAGCUGUCUGCUGCCCUCUACUGUCUACUCGAGCCUGUCUUCUUUAGGGAUCUGUUCCCAGUUGAAAUCGCACUAUGUUUCCUUUUCCACCUAAACUAUGGGAAUUCCCCUUUGAAUGUAAACUUUUUACAUAAGGGUAUGCAUUGCUUUCAUGAUACUUGUUAAAUGAAAGGUUAGUUCCGGGUGAUAUUUUGAGAGUUUUGUUGUAAAAUAAUGUAAAUGAAAGACUUCAAAUAAGUGGAGUUUGGGACUUGAUAGUUCCUAAAAGUUAGACAAAAGUACUCAAAACUUGAUCACUUAAAGAUAAAGGUGAGUUCUGGU